GGCGCAGGUGCCGCGGGGGACCGCGGAGGGGACCGGAGCACGAGGGGAACGGCCUUGGGGGAGCGCCCUCCCCCCGUCCUCCGCCGACGCCUCGUGUCCCUUUUUAGGGAAUUUUUUCCCUCUUGCUGGCUCCAGUGCGGGUGGGGCUGAGACCGAGAGGGAGUUCUCCAUUUCCCUGGCUCCUGCCCGGCACCUGGCAGCCUCCUGCCCCCAAAUCUCUUCACCCCCUCUCCAGUACCUAUAGGUCGCGUAAACAACUCCCUUUCUCCAGCUGUGGGCUCCGCGGCCCCCCGGGGGGGCAGCUCCUUCAGUCACGUGAGAUCGGUGGGGUUAGGGGGAGGGGAAAAGAGAGGGGUGUCCCGGAGCCCCUGGCCCCCGUCAGCUCCCCCACCUCGGCCUCUCCCUCCCCCUCCUCGCUGCUGAAGCACAGGCUCCAGGGGCCCUGGGUAUUUUUAGCGUUGUGACCUGGGCGGCAGCUCUAAGAGCCUUUCCCGGGAAUCGGCGUCAGCGCCUAGCUCCUCCGCCGCCAGCCCGCGGCCGCACGGUCUCCCCACACUUCCGUGGCCCUGCCUUGCCCACUCAGGUUUGGGUCCCUCUCCACCUCUGUGGCGCCCGUGGAGCUGGCCAGGGCCUGGGAUACACUGGGUGCAGAUGAGGUGGGGAAGGCAGUCUGCGGAGGAUGACGUCUGAUCCUCAAGCUAGAAACUCCCUUGCCUCUGGUGAUGGGCUCAGAGCAGAACGCCGGGAAGGAGAUGAGCGAAUGGGAGUGAAUGCACCGACCUGGGCUGGCCCAUAGCCCCGGGGCUCUGGCCGGGUCUCAGCUUCUCAGCCCUAGCGGUCAGGAGGCCUGCUCUGAACUGGACCCAGAACCCGCCUUUCUAAUUGCUCCUCGAUGACUAAUGGGGAGAUAAGUCAGUGAGAUGUGUCCCAGGAGGGGGAUGCAUAAAGAGCUGUUGGAGUUCAAAGGAAAGAUGAUCGUCUCCUAAAUAGCUCACCUUCACAAGCAGGCUCUUGUAUUUGAGGCGGGAGCUGACAUGGACCCAAAUCCUCGGGCCGCCCUGGAGCGCCAGCAGCUCCGCCUUCGGGAGCGGCAAAAAUUCUUCGAGGACAUUUUACAGCCAGAGACAGAGUUUGUCUUUCCUCUAUCCCACCUGCAUCUCGAGUCACAGAGACCCCCCAUAGGUAGUAUCUCAUCCAUGGAAGUGAAUGUGGACACACUGGAGCAAGUAGAACUUAUUGACCUUGGGGACCCGGAUGGAGCAGAUGUGUUCUUGCCUUGCGAAGAUCCUCCACCAACCCCCCAGUCAUCUGGGGUGGACAACCAUUUGGAGGAGCUGAGCCUGCCAGUGCCUACAUCAGACAGGACCACAUCUAGGACCUCCUCCUCCUCCUCCGACUCCUCCACCAACCUGCAUAGCCCAAAUCCAAGUGAUGAUGGAGCAGACACACCCUUGGCACAGUCGGAUGAAGAGGAGGAAAGGGGUGAUGGAGGGGCAGAGCCUGGAGCCUGCAGCUAGCAGUGGGCCCCUGCCUACAGACUGACCACGCUGGCUAUUCUCCACAUGAGACCGUAGGCCCAGCCAGAGCCUUUUGGGAGAAGACCAGACUCUUUACUUGCAGUAGGCACCAGAGGUGGGAAGGAUGGUGGGAUUGUGUACCUUUCUAAGAAUUAACCCUCUCCUGCUUUACUGCUAAUUUUUUCCUGCUGCAACCCUCCCACCAGUUUUUGGCUUACUCCUGAGAUAAGAUUUGCAAAUGAGGAGAAGAUGAGGUUGGACAAGAUGCCACUGCUUUUCUUAGCACUCUUCCCUCCCCCAAACCAUCCUGUAGUCUUCUAAUAGAGUCUCUCAAACAAGUGUCUCUAGAUGGAUGUGAACUCCUUAACUCAUCAAGUAAGGUGGUACUCAAGCCAUGCUGCCUCCUUACAUCCUUUUUGGAACAGAGCACGGUAUAAAUAAUAAACUAAUAAUAAUAUGCCAA